AUGAUCUUCGAGAACAUGUACAUCUUCUUCAUCCUGCUUUGUCUUCCAUGUCUCAUUCCUUUCAAAAGUUUGGCAGAAAAAAAUAAAUCGACAGAAGCUAAAAUUGAAAUUUAUAAUUAUCUGAACAUCCCAGACAACGCUGACGAAAAUACAUUCUAUGAUCUUAUUAGCACCAAAGGAAAUAGAACACAUAAACCUAUUGUACAAGCCGCAUUCGAUGGACGAUUAAAUGUAAUUAGGUCUCUAGAACAGCUUGGUGUAGAUGUUGAUUCUCAAAGCGAUUCUGGUCUAACAGCGCUUCAUAUAGCGAUCCAAAAUGGAUACGAAAACAUAUUCAUAUUUCUUGUGUCAAAAAAUGCCAAUCUCGAACUCAAAAAUAGCAGGGGAGAGACUGCAUUGCAUCAAGCUGUCGUAUAUAAUAAUUUGGACAUGAUAAAAAUGUUAAUACAUCACGGGUCUUAUGUAAACGCUCUGACAUCAGAAAAUAAAACAGCACUGGAUUUGGCAGCCUGUACGGGAAACGACUUAAUUUUUGAACAUAUUUUAAUGAGGAAUGGAAAACUUAACUAUGUGAACCGAGACAGCGGCAUCGACGGCCCACUGCAUUGUGCAAUAGGUAAUCCAUCACGGUACAUAGUCAACGCCUUGAUAACUUUGGGGGUUGAUGUAAAUGACAAGGGUUACAACGGUAGAACAGCCUUACACAUAGCAUCGGAAAAGGGAAAUGAUGACAUGGUGAAAUUUCUGUUAAUGAAAAAUGCAACCAUGAAUGAAAAAGACAUAUUUGGUUCCAACCCAAUUCAUUACGCAGUAAGGAAGGGCUGGGUCAAUGUCAUUACAACAUUGUUAGACCAUGGUGUUGAUGUUAAUGUAAAAGGAGAGAAUGGAAUGACAGCUUUACACCUAGCCGCGAACAAUGGAGAUCUUAAUUUAGUAGAAUUUCUUUUGGCACGUAAUGCAAGUAAAUCAGCAAAAGAUAAUAACGGAAAACAACCAAUAAGAAUAGCAAUGGACAGCAGAGACAUUGACGUAUUUAAGUCAUUUGUUGAACAUGGUUCCGAUGUCAAUAUCAGGGGAACAGAAGGGAUGUCUGCUUUACAUCUUGCAACGGUGACAGGAAACAAUGACUUAGUAAAAUAUUUGUUAUCUAGAAACGCAAUCACAAAUAUAAAAGACGACAAGGGAACACUGCCAAUACAAUAUGCGAUUGAUAAAUGGCAUAUUCAUUUAUUAAAGCUAUUUUUUGAGCAUGGGUCAGAUGUUAACACCAAAGGAAUAGAAGGGAGAACUGCUUUACAUUUAGCUGCAUGGGAUGGAGACAAAGAUUUGGCAGAAUAUCUUUUGGCUAAAAAUGCUAGUACAAAUAUAAAAGACAACAAUGGAACACUGCCAAUACAGUAUGCGAUUGAUCAACGACAUAUUUAUUUACUAAAACUGUUUUCUGAGUAUGGAUCGGAUGUUAACACUAAAGGAACAGAAGGAAAAACUGCAUUACAUUUAGCAGCGAAGGAGGGAGAUCAAGAAUUGAUUAAAUAUCUUUUCACUAGAAAUGUAAUUACAAAUAUUAAAGAUAACAACGGAACACUCCCAAUACAAUUAGCAAUAGAUCAACAGCAUAUCUACUUAAUAAAGCUAUUUUUUGAGCAUGGAUCGGAUGUUAAUAUCAAAGGAACAGAAGGGAAGACUGCAUUACAUUUAGCAGCGAAGAAGGGAGAUAAAAAUUUGGUUGAGUAUCUUUUGGAUAGAAAUGCAAGUAUAAACAUAAAAGACAAUAGUAGAACACUGCCAAUACAAUUUGCGAUCGAUCAAGGACACGGGCAUGUAUUGAAGCUGUUUUUUGAGCAUGGUUCAGAUGUUAACACCAAAGGAUCAGAAGGACAAACUGCUUUACACAUAGCUGCAUGGAAUGGUGACCAAGGUUUGGUUGAAUAUCUUUUGGCUAGAAAUGCAAGUAUUAACAUAAAAGACGACAAUGGAAAUUUGGCUAUUCAAUUCGCGAUUGAUCAAAGACAUAUCAAUGUAUUGAAAUUGUUUUUUCAGCAUGGAUCGGAUGUUAACAUCAAGGGGACUAGAGGAAUGACUUCUCCAAAUCUUCCCAUGACUUGGAAAGAAGAAUAUCUCUUUGAAAAAAAUACAAGUACUAAUGAUAAUGAUAAUAACGGCAAAGCUACAAUACAAUGCGCGAUAAAUGAUAAAGAAAGAGAAAAGUAUAAGGACGUAAAUGAACAUAGUUAUAAUUUUAAUGCACAAAUAAAAGGAAUGACAGCAUUACAUUUAGCGGCUGCUUUAGGAAAAGAGGAUUUAGUUGAGUUUCUCAUUGAGAAAAAUGCUAACAUUAGUGCCAAAGACGAUGCAGACAACGAACCAAUCCAUUAUGCAGUCCGAAAUGGGAAAUUAAACAUUAUAAGAAUCUUGCUAGAUCAUGGAGUUGAUAUUAAUGCCAAAGACUCACUAGGCUCUACUGCCCUCCAUUUAGCAACCCAGAUAGGUAGCACGAAACUGGUGACUUUUCUAAUACUAAAAAAUGCAACUGUUAACAUAAAGAACAAAAAAGUAAUACUGCCAAUACAAUUCGCGAUUGAUGGAUCGCAUAUACAUCUUUUAAAGCUGUUUUUUGAUCAUGGAUCAGAUGUUAACACUAGAGGAAUAGAAGGAAAGACUGCUUUACAUUUAGCUGCUUGGGAGGGAGAUCAAAAUUUGGUUGAAUAUCUGUUGGCUAGAAAUGCAAGUAUAAACAUAAAAGACAACAAGGGAGCACUACCUAUACAAUUUGCGAUUUACCGAUGGCACGUGAAUUUAGUGAUGUUAUUUUUUGAGCAUGGAUCGGAUGUAAACACCAAGGGAACAAAUGGGACGGCUGCUUCUAUUUUGUCUACGUCGGGGUUAGAUAAAUUAAUCUCUGAAAUUAAUUUUAAUAUAAGUAAGAAUGGUAUUAAUGAUAAUGUUAAAGAUCAAAUACAAUGCUCUAUAAAAGGUAAAGAAAGGGAAAACUACAAUAACGUAAAUGAUAAUAAUUUUGAUCUGAAAACGCAAGUAGAAGGAAUGACAGGUUUACAUUUAGCGGCUGCUUUGGGAAAAGAGGAUUUAGUGAAGUUUCUCAUACAGAAAAAUGCUAACAUCAGUGCCAAAGACAGUACAUAUAGGGAACCAAUCCAUUAUGCAGCCAAAAAUGGGAAACUAGACAUCAUAAGGAUCUUGCUACAUCAUGGGGUUGAUAUUGAUGCCAAAGAUUCAAAAGGUUCUGCUGCCCUCCAUUUAGCGACUCAUAUAGGAGAUGCUAAACUUGUGAAUUACUUAAUAUCCAAAAAUGCAACCGUAAACAUAAAGGACGAUUAUGGUUUAGCGCCGCUGCACAUAGCUGCAAUAAGUACUAACAUCAAUAUAAUAAAUAUUUUAUUGAAUCACGGAGCCGAUAUCGAUAUUCAAAGUGGAGAUGGAAUAACUGCUCUUCAUUUGGCUGCACAACUGGGUGAUGAAAAACUGGUGAAUUUCUUAAUAUCGAAUAAGGCAACGGUAAAUGUAAAAUACUACUUUGGCUUCGCGCCAAUACAUUUGGCUGCUGAGUAUGGUUAUAUUAAUGUGAUAAGUAUUUUGCUGGAUCAUGGAGCCUUUAUCGAUAUCGGAAGUUAUGGUGGAAAGACUGCUCUUCAUUUGGCUGCUAAACUGGGUAAUGAAGAACUGGUGAGUUUCCUAAUUUCCAAAACGGCAAUCGUAAACAUAAAGGACGACUUUGGACUAGCGCCGAUACAUUUGGCGGCUGAGUACAGUCACAUUAAUGUGAUUGGUAUUUUACUGGAUCAUGGAGCCUUUAUCGAUAGUGCAAGUGUAGAUGGAAUAACUGCUCUUCAUUUGGCUGCUGGUUUGGGUACUGAAGAAGUUGUGAACUUUCUGAUAUCAAAAAAAGCAACCGUAAAUUUAAAAGACAACCAUGGCCGGGGGCCUAUACAUUUUUCAGUUGGAUAUCGCGAUUUCGAUAUGGAAAAUUUUCCAGAUUCUAUUUUCGAUUUCAAUGUUAUAAAUGCAACGGAAACUCAUUUGGCCACAGAAAAAAGUACUGAAGAAUUAGUGAACUUUCAAACAUCAAAAAAUGCUACCGUUAACAAAAAAGAUAAUUAUGGCUCUUCUUCAUUACUUUUUGCAUAUCAUGAUUUCAAUAUGAUAAAUAUUUUCCUGGAUCUUGGAGUCGAAAUCGAUGAUGGUGAUAAAAACGGAAAAACGGCCCUUCAUUUGGCUGCUGAACGUGGUCAUGAAGCUUUGGUGAACUUCUUAAUAUCAAAAAAUGCAACCGUGAACAUUAAAGACAACUAUGGCAUUGCGCCUUUAUAUUUGGCGGCUGAAUAUAACUGUUACAACGAUGAACGGAUAUACAAUAGUACGAAUGAAAUAAGUAUAUUGUUGAAUCAUGGAGCUGAUAUCGAUGUUAGAAAUGCAGAGGGGAAAACUGUCCUUCAUUUGGCUGCUGAACAAGGUUGUGAAGAAUUGGUCAACUUUCUAUUAACAAAUAGAGCAACCGUAAACAUAAAAGAUAACAAUGGAUCAACGCCCAUACAUUUUGCGGCUGCGCAUAGUGAUAUUAAUAUGAUGAAUGUUUUGAUAGCUCAUAGAGCCAACAUUGAUGAAAGAGGUGCAAUGGGGAAAACUGCUCUUCACUUAGCUGUUGAGUUAAAUAGUGAUGUAUUGGUGAACUAUCUAAUAUCAAAAAAUAUUACGAUUAACAUAAAAGAUGACAAUGGAUCAACGGCCUUACAUUUUGCGGCUUUACGGGAAAAUAUAAAUAUGAUAAAUAUUUUGAUAGAUCAUGGAGCCAAUAUUGAUGCUAGAGAUGCACAGGGAAAAUCUGCCCUUCAUUUAGCUGUUGAGUUGGAUAAUGAAGUAUUGGUGAAUUUCUUAAUUUCAAAAAACGCUACCAUAAACAUAAAAGACAACAAGGGUUCUGCCCCGAUACACUACGCUUCAAAAAAUAAAAAUGUAAACGUGCUAAACAUUUUCUUAAAUCUUGGGAUUAAUAUCAAUGAAAGAGGAGCUAGGAGUUCGACACUUCUCCACAUGGCAAUUGAAACGGAAAAUGAAUAUUUGGUCAAAUUUUUACUAUCGAAUAAUGCUAGUAUCGACAUAAAAGAUAGCUGGGGUGCUGUACCUUUUCAAAUAGCUAUCGAUAGGGAAAACGUUAAUAUCAUAAAGGCUUUACUGCUAUCUCGAACCGAAAUUGAUGCAAACCUCAAGGGAAAGAAAGGGCUUGCAGCACUUCACAUUGCAGCUAAUUAUGGUAGCGAAGAACUAGUGAACAUACUCAUAUCAAAAAAUGCCAGUUUAGGAGUGAAAGAUAACCAUGGUUCUAGGCCUGUACAUUUUGCAGCUAUGAGAUAUGAAAAAGGCAUAUUAAAGUUAUUGUUAAGUUACGGUGCAGAUAUUAACAUAAGGGGUAAAAUUGGCACAACAUGUUUACACAUAGCAGCAUCUCGUUUUAGUGAGGAUUUAGUGUCAUUUCUUUUGUCCAAAAACGCUAGCCUAGAGGUCAAGGACAAUAUGGGUUCGCAGCCUAUACAUUAUGCAUUUUUUAGAGGCAACCUUGGUAUUAUAGAAACCAUGUUUAAGUACGGAGCUAAUCUCAGUGCCAAAGGUUAUAGUGGUCUAACUCCAAUGCAUUUUGCCGCCGAGAUGCGUGAUCUUGAUAUUUUGAAUUUUUUACUAUCUAAAGAUAUUAGAAUUCAUGUCAAAGACAGCCGAGAAAAUGAACCCAUACAUCGAGCGCUAUUGGCGAAGAGAGCAAAUAAAGAGGCCAUUGAGACUCUUUUGAAUCAUGGAACUGAUGUUAAUGUGAAAGGCACAUUAGGUUUUACGCCUCUCCAUAUAGCAGCAGAGAAAGGUUUGUAUAAUGUUGUGAAACUGUUACUCUCAAGAAAUGCUGAUCCUAAUGUCAUGAGCUAUAACGGCCGGACGCCUCUAGAAUUAGCCACUCAGUUCGGUAGUUUGGACAUCGUCAAAAUACUUCUUGAUCACGGGGCAAAAGUCGAAGACCGCAGUUUCCUCGGAUCGCAGGCCCUUUUCCUGGCUGUGGCCAACAGAUCUUUGGAAUUUACUAGACUUCUUCUCAAAAAUGCAGUAAAAUUUGAAGAGUAUCCAACACUUAUUCUUAAUUUUGCUAUUAGUAAAGGGUCGCUAGAUAAAGUUAAAUUAUUAACUUCAUUCGGAGCAGAUGUUGAAUCCCCAGACAUUCACGGCAAUUUUCCGCUCUUAAUGACUGUGAUAUCACGGAACGUGGAUAUGGUAAAUACAAUUUUAGGAACAAAAGCCAAAAAUAGAAGAAUGAAAAGGAAUUAUGAAAACUUUUUGGAUAUAACUUCUUCUGUUCAAGUGAAUUCCUUUACAGAAAACACAACUGAACUUCAUAACGUGAGUGCUUUACAACUUGCUUCUUAUUACGGUUACAUGGAUUUGGUAAGAUUGCUAACGUCUUAUGGCUCUUCUUUAGAUACCAGGGAUGAAAGAAAUUACACCUCACUUCAUUACGCUUGUUUACAUGGUCAGAGAGAUAUUGUGGAAUUCUUGUUAGAUUAUGGUGCUGACAAAGAUGCAUUUGAUGUUCACGGUGUAACUCCAUUACACAUUGCCUCAAAAAAAGGAUUGAAUGAAAUAGUUGGACUUCUUCUCUCGGAUCCCGUUGCUUCUGUUAAUUUAGUAGACAAUAGAGGAUACACUGCUCUUCACGAUGCUGCAAGUAUGGGACAUGGCAAUAUAAUAACACAGUUACUGGAUGCCGGCUCUAACAAAGACGCCAUGACUAACGAACAAAAAACUCCUCUUAUCUUGGCUUCUAUGAAUGGCCAUACUGAAAUCGUAAAAAUAUUAGUAAACAAGGAAAGCAAUAAAGAAGCCACCGAUAUUCACAAUAUGAUUCCCUUGCAUUUCGCUUCUAAAGAGGGAUACUCAGACAUAGUGAGUCUCUUACUGGAGUAUGGGUCUGAGGUUGGCAGCAGGAACCAAAAUGGAAGUACCCCAUUGCACUUGGCAUGCGAAAAAGUUUUAAACGAAAAACGAAGUCCAAAUUUCAUCAUCAGUAAUAAAACCGAGAUUGUAGACAUGCUUGUAAGGUCUGGAGGCUACAUAGAAGCUAUUGAUAUAUUUGACAUGACCCCUUUGCACAUUGCUUCCCGGGAUGGUUAUGCAACCAUUGUGGAUUUAAUAUUAUCUCACAGGGUUAAACCUGACAGAACUCCUGACAAAUUUGGCUGGUUGCCUCUCCAUUAUGCUGCUGAUCAAGGUCAUGAUGAAAUAGUUAGAAAGUUAAUAAAGAGGGGAGCAAAUCCUGAUGAGCCAAAUAAUAAUAUCGAAACUCCUUUAAUUUUGUCAUCAAGAAAAGGACACUUAGGAGUAGUAAGUUCUUUAAUUUCCUCGGCAGAUUUGGACAAAACCGAUGUCAAAGGCAGAAUAGCAUUACACUAUGCCUCCAUGAAUGGACACACACCAGUGGUUAAAUUGCUUAUAAAAGCUUUAACGAACAAAGACAUGGAAGAUAAGUGGGGAUUCACUUCAUUGAAUUAUGCAGCAUCUUGGAGAGGUCACCAGGACAAUAUAGGGUAUUUGUUGAAAACCUGGAUGGAAAUAACAUUUUCAGAUUAUUAUGAAAUGUCUUAUCCUAACAUAUGAUUUUGUUUCGGCUUAAAUAACUCCUUUGUUAGAAUAAAUUAUCACAUACUGGAUAAAAAAAAAAUAGCUCAAUGAACCGAAUCAAUAGAGAGUGAGCUUAUUAAGAAUGUGAUUAAUUUAUGAUACAAAAUCCUGACACACAAUGUUAAGAAAUCCUGGUAUGCAUAAUUUCAAGUGCAUCAUUUAGUAUUGACAAAUUUUUCAUCUUACUGACAAUAAUGAUAUUUAAUAAAAGUAUAGUUCAAAAAUUGGCAAUUGUUUUAUUUUCAUCCUAAGCAACAUAAUGUAUGACUUGUGGUUAUGAAAAAUCUCAUCAUUUAGUUUUUAAAAAAAUUGGUCUAACAGUUUCUCAAGGUUACUUUUAUAGCCUGUACAAUCUUUCACUAAAAAUUAAGUCGUAAGCAGCACUAGAAAGUUUUACAUGAAAAUGUUAUAUUAAUAGAACUGAAUUAGAAAAUAAUUUUUCAGGCAAUUAUUGUUGGUUAUUUACUCCUUCCAGACAUAGAAAUAUGAAUAUGAUAACUAUCUUAUGUCAUAAGCCAGAAGCAUGUGAUGUAGUUAUUUCACUCUUGAGAUUACAUUAAAGUGUCUUGUACAAAUUAUAAUCAAAUGUUUUAUUGGGGGGGGAGGGGAGGGAGCAACUAAGCAGGGGAAUUUAAAUUUUAAGAAAAUAUCAUAUAGCAUAGCACAAGAAAUUUUUUACAAAAAAAAAUGUAUUAGAGAUAAUCCAGAAAUACCUUACCUGUCAAGUUUGCUUCAGUUAUUUAUACCUUCCAGAUAGGAAAAAAUCAAAAUUUGGCCGAAACUUCGGAAUAUGCGAUCUAAUUGAGAAUUAUAUAUAUCUAUCUUAGAAAUACCGUGAAAAAUCGUCCAUAGAAUUAUGAAAAAAUAUCUUGGUGGCUUAGCUAAAUUAAUAAUGUUUAAUAGAAAUAUAUAUUUAAAAAGGAUUCUGACUGAAGUCCAUCCCACCAAAAGUGAAUCCCAUUUGCUACUUUCCUUAUCAUUCUAGAUUUAUCAAAAC